CCCACACCGCCGAAGCAAAGAACACACCCACACAGACCAGAUUUCGGCAUUGACUUAAGUGUGAUCAGCAGAUAAUCUCUCCAUCUUGGAACUCCGAUCAACGAAGAUUUGAGAAGGAGCACACACCGAUCUCGGAUGUAUCUGCUUUUCAUCGAUCAUCCACUAUGGCACCCUCGGCUUCAAAACAGAAACGAUUGGCAGAGAAAGCCGCAAAGCAAGCCGCGAAACAAUCUGGGACGACAACGUCGGGAUCAACCCCCACACCAUCCGUCACCGGCAGCACCGCCAACACCCCGCUCACCAGCCUGUCGGCAUCCAACAGCACGGAUGACUUGACCUCGAUGGCGAAAUUACAGAUUGCCACGGAACGGAGCGCUGCUGGAGUGCUGGUGUCCGACGUAAAGGGUCGAGACAUCAAAAUUGACCAAAUAUCGCUGAAUUACGGACAACGAUAUGGCCUUCUUGGUGAAAAUGGAUCUGGAAAGUCGACUUUCCUCCAAUCGAUAUCGGAACGUGACAUUGAAAUCCCGCCACAUAUUGACAUCUAUCUCGUACGAGGAGAGGCGGAACCUUCCGAUAUCAAUGCUGUAGACUUUAUCAUCGCCUCUGCCAGGGAGAAAGUGGCGAAACUUGAAAAGCGCAUCGAAGAGUUGUCAGUAGCUGAUGACGUCGACGAAACCGCGCUCGACCAGGCAUACGAAGAACUAGAAGAGAUGGACCCAAGCACGUUUGAGGCGAAAGCGGCAAGUAUCUUGCAUGGUCUUGGCUUUGGCCAAGAGAUGAUGCAGAGACCAACCAAAGAUAUGAGUGGUGGUUGGCGGAUGCGAGUCUCACUGGCCCGUGCUCUGUUUGUUAAACCGCACCUUUUGUUACUAGACGAGCCUACGAACCACCUUGAUUUGGGUGCCGUCGUAUGGCUGGAGGCUUACUUGUCAACGUACAAUCAUAUCCUCGUUAUCACGUCGCAUUCUCAGGACUUCCUUGACUCCGUUUGCACAAAUAUCAUGGAUCUGACGAUGAAGAAGAAACUCGUAUACUACACCGGUAACUAUACGACCUACGUUCGCACAAAGGGGGAAAAUGAGGUCAACCAGAUGAAGGCAUACCACAAGCAACAAGAGGAAAUCGCUCAUAUUAAAAAGUUCAUAGCAUCAGCUGGAACGUAUGCCAACCUUGUGAAACAGGCGAAAUCAAAGCAGAAGAUCAUAGACAAGAUGGAGGCUGCAGGCCUCAUCGAAAAGAUUGAAACGCCAAGACCACUCCGCUUCCACUUUGAAGACAUUCGGAAGCUCCCUCCUCCGAUCAUUGCCUUCAAUGAGGUUGCAUUCUCGUACUCCGGAAAGCGGGAGGAUUACUUGUACAAAAAAUUGUCAUUCGGUAUCGACAUGGACUCCCGCGUGGCUAUCCUCGGCGCAAACGGUGCUGGCAAAUCGACACUUCUCCACCUCAUCACAGGUGCCCUACAACCAUGUGAAGGGACGAUCUCUAAACACGCUGCUCUGAAACUAGCGAAAUACUCGCAACACUCAGCCGACCAACUUCCAUAUGACAAAUCGCCAAUAGAGUACUUCCAAUCACUCUUUUAUGAAAAGUAUCCUGAGAAGGAUGUUCAAGCUUGGCGUCAGCAACUCGGGAGGUUCGGUCUUUCCGGUUCACAUCAGACCUCUCCGAUCAGGCAGCUGUCGGACGGCUUGCGGAAUCGUGUCGUAUUCGCGCAGCUUGCGAUGGAGCACCCACACAUUCUCCUCUUGGAUGAGCCAACCAACCACUUGGACAUGGCUUCUAUAGAUGCCCUGGCCUUAGCUAUCAAGGAGUUUGAGGGCGGCGUUGUGAUCGUUUCCCACGACUUCCGUCUUAUCUCGCAGGUAGCUGAGGAACUAUGGGAGGUAAAGGACAAGACGAUCAAAAACCUCACCCGUGAGGACAUCACCAUCGUCGAUUACAAGAAAAAUCUCGUCAAGCAGAGUCAGGCUGCCCUCGAGAAAGCGAAGCUUAUUAGCAAGAGUGCUCAGAAGGGAAAAACCUAAACGGAGAUCUUCACUAUUUUCCGGCGUUCGGCACGUAUCCAUAUCACCAAUUUUGUAGACCGGAGCGUGUCCUACUGCAUGCCCACACCUUGCGUAGCCCCACCCAUUCCCGGGAUUUCAUACAUGUACUAUCAUGAUCUUGGAAGGAGGGUUCACAUGGUUAGCUGUGGAUAAUCGGUGGUUUGAUCUGCUGAUUGAUGGCAACGCCGCUUCCGCGAGGCACGGCGAGAGAUAUCGAUAACCGGUAUGAUGAGCAAGUCAGCCAGGAAACGAGAGUAGCUGUGAUCAAGACGGGCAAAGUGUGAAUACUUCACUGAUCGGAAAU